CCCACUUCCCUCAAAUGUUGUUUUCACCGGCAUUGAUCCUCAUCGCACGCGUUGUGUUGAAAAUGUAACUAGGGCUUACAGCUGAAGCUUUUGAGCACUGAUGAUGGAGAGGACGAGCUGUGUGAGAAAUCCAGUGGACACAGUGUCUGUGGUGAGACUGUCGUCCAGCAGUGUUGAAUGUCUGGAAGGGAAAGCCUCUGACGACUCUCAGCUGAUCGGUCAAUUUGAGCUAAAUGGGAAACGUUCAUACCUGGCUCGAGGUCCUGCGUUGGAAGUGAUAAACCCAUGCAACGGGUCAAGACAAGCUGCAUGGCGAUUCCGUGCAGAAGGUCAACCGGUGAUCACCGCUGUGUGCGAAGCCAGUUUAGAGCCAGGCAAAAAUUUGCUGGUUGUUGGUCUCCGAAUUGAUUCCGGAGAGGGUCUAGUGGCCCUCUUUGACCCAGUAUUGUCUCGGGUGUUUAAAGCCAUUAAGUUCCCCAAGCAGAUCACAGCACUGGAAGGUGUUGGCUCACUGUUGGAGGGUGAUGAAGCUGCAUUGUUGGGAGGUAUUGUAGCAUCCUUCGCUGGGUGUGUUGCUGUUGGCACACAUGGAGGUCUGGUUUACUUGUUGGAUCUGCGUGUGGAUGACGAGAAUGAAGAGUUUAGUGAGUACCAGCCUAGUAGCAUCAAGGUUGUGAAGGCACAUACUGGCCAGUCUGCUGAACAGGAACGAUACGCUGCCAAGUCCGAGCGCAGGCACUUGUGUGUCCAGUUGGGAGCUGCUGAUCAUGCUAGGGGGUCGUUCAAGUACUACACCAGUGCCAACGACAGGCCUGCAGCUCAUGUGUAUGAAAGUGAAGUGUACGUUUCAUCAUUGAAGUUCCUCAAGGUCUGCAAUUGCCUGGCAGUUGGAUACAGCAUAGGCGGAUUUCAGCUGUUUGACCUUGGCAGUCUCAGCUUGAUGCUUGGCAGCACCAUCGAAGUCAACGCUCCUGUUACCCACUUUGCCUUCCUUGAGCCUGAGAACGAUCCCUUGCCAUGCUUCUUCCUCUGGGCUGCAUCGGAAGAAUCACCAAAGCAAAGACUACCAGCAACUCUUACCAUGUACCAGCUCUUCUUCUCGUCGAAAAGCUCGCCAGAUGAAGGUGGCCCAUCUCAAUACCAGGGUUUGACUGGCAUGAAUUGCCGGUUUUUCCAUCACCUGGUUUCACCAUCUGUCAAUCUCCCUGCGUCUGAGUCUGGCCUCACGUCGCGUGUGAUAGCGCUGGCCUCCCUCGGUGAAAACCGACCUGGUGGGCCUCGGCUGCCCAGCGAAGAUGACAAUGUGCGUAUCCGGGACAUGACUAUGAUGAUGUGCGUGUGGGAAUGUUCGCCCCGAGACCACACAUCACCACCGGACACUUUCCUUGGUAUCUUCGAUAUCAACCACUGGUACAACGCCCAAAUGCCGCCGGAGAUAAGGAACUCAAGAGCGAGUGGUUUGUCCGGGAUAUGUCCAUACUUUACAUUCAUGUCUCUGAAUCCUGUCCUGGGUAGCAGCCCUGAUGCUGUUCUGCACACCAUGAUUGACCUUCCCUCCCUGUCACGCUGUUGUCUCGGCCCACACCCACUGCCAGAUAACUUCUACUGGCCAUCCGCUGUGUCCUUCUCUGCAAAGUGCUUAACAGCGACCUCUGUUGUUCGAUGCCGCUUCCUGAGUCUCCAGCAAGAAGUUCUGGAUGAGAUGUGCAAGCAUGGUGCUGCGGCUCUGAUUGACCCCGCGCAGUAUAUCGGCCUAAGCUGGCAAGCUGGUCUGCUUCAAGGCAUGUUGGUUGACAAUCCCCUCAUGCAGGAUAUUCAUGUGCAGCGGACAGGAUUGCUUGGCAUCGCUCUGCAGUUUAAUGCACCCAGCUUCCUGGUAUCAUGUGCUACCACGCUAGCUACAGGCGCAUUGAGUCGUAGCGGGGUGUCUCUGCGCAUGCUAGCUGACUGGGCACUGACAGAGAUUCGUAACCACAAGCAGUCCAUCGACGAUUUGAGUCUUCCCCUACUGGAUGGCUCUGGUCAGCUAUCUCAGCGCCAGUUGACAGCCAUCGACUUCCAUGCCGUGUGUCUGCAGCACCUCACCACGCUGUACCGGGUGCUUAUAGACAAAGCGCCUAGCUCAACCACUCAGGAAGGUCUGAAGUCUCUGAAUGACACGUAUGAGGCCUGCUCUCUGCUGAGCCAGCACGCACUUACCAUGGUAUGGCUUGCGGCACAUAAACUGUUACCUGAAGUUAGUGAGCCCGAUGAUGAUGGAGUUGGUUUUGUGUACCCCUACGAGACACUGCUUCAAAUCCAUCACCAGUGCCAAGAAGCCUUGGCUAGCAAUGGACAGCAGUUGCUGAUGAUUGAUCUCUUACUGGAGCGCUGGCAAGGUCCCAUUGACUCGAUAUGGGGAGCAGUGGCCAGUGGCACGGGCAGUUAUCCUCCACCAAACUUCCAUGCGCUGCUUAACAUUUUCUUUGUCGUCCGCCAAGUGCCUGCUCAAGUGCACAGCUUUGUCAUAUUUUAUUUGCUGCUGGACAUUGCUCUCAUCUUUGCUCCUUCGAGCGAUGACCUUGACAAGGAUGCCUGGUUGACAUUAGCACAGCGCUAUGCUCAAGCAUUCGGCAUGGACAGCCAGGCGGUGUCUGUUUUGCGCGGUCUCUGGGCCUUGGACAGACGCGACUUUGAUCUUGCAUUGAAUCUCUUGACGCAGCCUGGGUCAAAGGUCUCUCUAAUUCCAGGCCAGGAGCAUCAUAUUCUUCAAGCUUUCUUAUUUGCUGGCCAAUCGAAAUUAGCUGCUAUUUAUUUGCAACGAGUCCCUGUUUCCAGGGCCAAUGUUCAGCAUAUUCAUCUUUCACUGGACACACUUAUUUCUAAUGGACUUGUAGCGGAAGCCUUUGAUUACCAACGUCGUGCGUCCGCACCGGGUGAGACCGAUCUGUUCACUCACAUGCUGGACUGCUGCCAGUCUCAUCGCUUACUUCACAAACUCUCGCAACUCCCACUGACGGAUGAUGAAGAGCAUGUCUGGGUUGAGUUCCUAGAAAAUUCUGACUCUGCGCCAUUGACCGAACUCCUAGUGAUGUUUUACCUGCAACGUGCUCGCUACGUGGAAGCAAUCCGCCUCAAUGACAAGCUGCUAGCCAUCUCGGACUAUGCUGAUUCGGAAGCACGUGACAGAGCCAUUGUGCGAGAAGCCAUAGUCCAAGGCUAUUGUAAGGCAUUGCCCCUGGUGCAACACCAGCUGGCCACUGACCAAACUCGAAUGCCGUCAAAGUCCAAAUCGGCAGACAUUUGUCCUGUCCCGCUGUCCAUGACUAUCUCGCAGUCAUCCGCUAGUGGCAAGCCUCUGACCGAGGCACACCUGAUUACUAUGGCAAUGCAGAAGAUCACCGAGGCACGAGCUGAGCCGGUUGUGGAGGCGACACCUUUCAAGAAACGGAAACCUACCGGUGUGCAAGCCUCUCCCUUUAUUGGAACACCCAGGAUCAACUCUCACAAGUCACGGCUUAUUGACCCAGCUCCUCUGUUGUGCGCAUCACCAGUUGUUAACCUUGCUGAUGAAGAGCCGCCACAGCUUGCUGAUGUGUCUAUGGAUAACCUGGGACCACACGUUGCUGCUGCGUCGGCCAUUAGUGCAUCAUGGCAAGUUCCAUCGACCGCUGGGUCAUUCAUGGACAUGAGUACUGUUCCUCGGCCUGGCAGUGUCAACCUGGGUACACCAGUGCAACACAGCUUUGCUUCUCGGAGUGCCAUGAUUUCGCCUGGCUCCAUAUUGAAGCCUUUGGAAAUACCCACUGGUCCGGGUGAUGCUUCACUCAGCACCAUACCAUCGACACCGCACUCAAUACUGAAGGUUCGCCAUGUCAGUCCACAGGAACGUGCAAGUUCUGUAACAUUAUCACCACCCCGCUCACCGCCCCGAUCAGACCGGGAACAAGCCGAUUUGCUGGCACACCGUCAGCUGCCCCUUUCUCGUUUGAUUGGAGAGGAAUUCCACUUGGCAACACCGCCGUCUGUUGUUGGCAGGCCAGCCAAGCCUCGUCGUAGAGCCGAGCAGAGCAAAGCGGAAACACCUCGGCGCAUCCGAUUCGCCGGAGUAGAGGACGAGGAUGAAGAGGAAGAGGAAGAUGAUGCUGAGAAGGAGCAAGGAGCUUCAGAUUCGCCAAAGGCACAGUACAAUAAUGCUGAGGAGCAAGGAGAAGAUGUUGAUGUUGAAGACGAUGAAUAUGAUGGCGGACUUCUGUCAAGGAGCAGGCCGACAAUUGGAAAGUCAGCGUUGGAUGAUCGCACUCAAAGUUCGUCAGGAAUUGUAGCUGCUGCUUCGUCUGCCCUAUCACAUCACGCACGUGUUGCUAGUAGUACUGCUGCUGCUGCUGCUACUGCAAUGUCCACGCCAAUGGAUGAAAGUGAUGACGACGAUGAUGCGGAGGAUUUCUUGAGUGCGGAGGAAGAUUUCACUUCAUCUCCGACCACAUUGUCUCCGUAUGGCCAGCGGAGGUCUCCCUCUGCUUCCCCGCUCACAUCUCAGGGGAAUGCAGCAUUGGCAUCGCCAGCAGCAUCGCCGUCACAGCAUGAUGAGGAGGAGGCAGCAGAACCAGCCACCUCGUCGCCAUCAGCUUCCCCUGCCUCAAAGUCGUCUUCAGUCAGCGAAGACUCUGCCAAGAGUUCUGUGGAUGAUAACGACGAUUGGCUAGCAUCGAGACGUGCCACUCGUCAGCAGUCUCCGAGACGAGUAGCGUCGCAAGGGACAAAGGUUGUGGUGCGCCGAUCUAGCCGUUCACGCAAGACGCAGGAGACUGCUGCUGCAGGUGCUGCUACUGGCUCCGGCAGUGAUGUUGCAAGGAACAAUGUCUCGGCUUUAAUGACUUCGUUGACACGGGCAACUGGCUCUGAUCGUUCUGAUAGGUCCACGACCGAAGAAGAGCAGAGGUCUGAGAUGAUGGACGACGACGACGCCAGUGAAUCAGUGCCUGGUGCUGUUGCAGCAACAAGCAGUCUUGUAGCACCUCCGGCGCAGCGCUCUCCCAUUCGUCCUAGCGCCACCCAGGGAAGUUCUUCAGCAGCAUCGCCCACCUCUUCUCCAGCUCGAUCUCCGACAAGAUCGACGACUGCAAGUUCACCGACCCAUCGUAGUAAACCUGUCUCCCCAGGUAGGGUACUGCACUCGCUCAACUUGACCAAAACUAGCCCUCAUCGCCCUGUUGCUACGUCUCCAACGGCAUCGCUACGGCGUUCGCCCCGUCGCUCUUUCCCUACCUCGGCUAGCAUAGCACCAGCUCCCGUUACUCCAUCGGCGGCCUCCGCAGAAGGCAUGACGGCAUCGUCUUCAGUUAGUGAUGAUAUUAAUCCCACAUUCCAGUUCACACCUCCCAACACUAGAGCAACAAAAUCUGCCGAGUGGGGAGUCACUUCUGCGACCAGGAAGUCUAGAGUAUCUUCAGCGUCCAAACCCGGUCCUGAUAUUCUGUUUUCUCCUCCGUGGACUAGGUCUCGCGGAACCUCAACGCCGGCCAGUAGAUUCACUUUGCCACAAGACCAAUUGGUUGCGUCAGCAACGGCUGCUGCUGCUGCGGCUGCUCCUGCAUCACCCCAUCUCACCUCAGCACGGAGCCUAAAGCUGACCGCUGCUGUGACCUCUACCAGCACCGCCCCGGCAGCAGUGGCUCCGCCACCGGCUGAAUCAAUGGACAAUGGGCCAGAGCUUGUUUCAGAGCAAUCGCUUUUUUCUGAACCGGCCAGUGAACCACUGCCAUCUGUGCCUACAACACCGCCAAAGAGCGCUGGCAGUAGACGUACUCGGCGCUCUGUUGUACCAACCGUAGCACCAGAUCAGCAGGCAAAAGAUAAUGACUUCACACAAUUGCCCCCAGCCAGCAGCACACCUGUCAAACUUGUAGCGGACUCUCCAUCUCGAGUGGGCGGGCUACCGGCUUCGUCCGCUGCAAAGCAGAAGAAAUCUGCGCGCACGACGACCCGCACGUCUUCGAAACUGCCCGUACCAACCGUCGCUGGUGUAUCAUCCCUGUCCAGUGCUAUUGCCCCUGCACCAACCGGUAGUAGGAGCAGCAGAUCGAGCAGCACUAGCGGUGGUGCCAGCAGCAGCAGCAGCAUCAUGAGCAGUAGCACGGCCAGUAGCACAAGUAUCAUCAACAGCAGCGGUGUGAUAGCCCCGCAGAUGCGCAUGACACUACGACGGCGCAACGCCGACAACAUCAAACCGGUACCCCAUAAGAAAUAGGUUUGGUUUGCAUUGUUGAGAGACCUCACUGUUGUAUGCGUUCCAAUUUUUAAUGCUAUCUGCACGUAUACGUGGCAAUCUGUGCUUGAUUUUGCUGUUCCGCUUCCUUCUGUUUGCAAUGUAGAAACGCUUGCAUUGGCCCUUUCAUUCCCUUCAUUGCAGACUAAAAACUUAAGUAGUUUCUUGUCAAUGUAAUAAAUUUAUAAUGGACAUUCACUUUUACUAACGCCAACUUUUGUGCCGUUCGUCCUUUGUUGUGUCUUAUUUUCUCCUCCGACUGUGUUUUAUUAGUACCACUACCCCAGAGUCACCCUUGCCUCGAUCCCUUCUCUGUGCCAGGUUUCGCGCUUCCAUUAUUUCUUGUCGUUUUUUAGUCAUGCGGUUGAGCUUUGGAUUGUGUCUUGUGUAUAUUUGACAACCGAACCAGUCAACAGAACUGAUGAGACACGGA